AUUAUGUUUAAAUUUAAAUGCUCUCCGUUCACUACACACACUCUCUCCCUCUCUCACUGUACAUUUCCUUCUGAGUUUCUCUCUCUAGAACAUUCGCCAUUGCCGAAUUAGUCGAAGCUCUCAACGGCCGGCAACUACUUCACUUUCUAUUUGAAUUUGAACUGAGUUACGUUGACUAAGAGAAAUAAGGUUGUGAAGAUUUGAAGGAUAGUUAGAGGAAUGGAGUCAUCGCAAUCGCAGCAACAGAGAAGAGGAGGCGGCUUUAUUUUGCAGACGCCGCCGCGGUCGAGCGACAAGGCGGCGGCGAGAGAUCUGCGAUCAGGGGAAGGGAAUAAUAGUAUGAGCGGAAAGCAUGAUAAAGAAAAAGGCGUCAAUGUACAAGUUAUUUUGCGCUGCAGACCGUUGAGUGAGGAUGAGAUAAGAUUGCAUACACCAGUUGUGAUUUCGUGUAAUGAGGGUCGAAGAGAAGUUUCUGCUAUUCAGAACAUUGCUAAUAAGCAGAUUGACAGAACAUUUGCUUUUGAUAAGGUGUUUGGACCAACAUCCCAACAGAAGGACUUGUAUGAUUCUGCCAUAUGGCCUAUUGUUUUUGAAGUUCUAGAGGGAUAUAACUGCACCAUUUUUGCUUAUGGGCAGACAGGAACUGGGAAAACUUAUACAAUGGAGGGAGGUGGAAGAAAGAAGAAUGGGGAGUUUCCAAGUGACGCAGGUGUUAUCCCCCGUGCUGUUCGGCAAAUUUUCGCGAUAUUAGAAGCUCAAAAUGCUGAAUAUAGCAUGAAAGUAACAUUUUUGGAGCUGUAUAAUGAGGAGAUCACAGAUCUUUUAGCUCCUGAGGAAUGCACAAAGUACGUAGAUGAUAAAUCCAAAAAACCAAUAGCGCUGAUGGAAGAUGGUAAGGGGGGAGUUUUGGUUAGAGGCUUAGAAGAGGAGAUUGUUUCCACUGCAAAUGAAAUCUACAAGAUCUUGGAGAAAGGUUCAGCGAAGAGGCGUACAGCAGAGACUCUUCUUAAUAAACAGAGCAGUCGUUCCCAUUCUAUUUUCUCUAUCACAAUUCACAUCAAGGAAUGCACUCCAGAAGGAGAAGAGAUGAUCAAAUGUGGCAAAUUGAACCUUGUCGAUCUUGCUGGUUCUGAGAAUAUAUCACGUUCUGGUGCAAGGGAGGGCAGAGCGAGGGAAGCUGGUGAAAUCAACAAGAGUUUGCUUACACUUGGUCGUGUUAUAAAUGCUUUAGUUGAGCACUCUGGUCAUAUCCCAUACAGGGAUAGCAAAUUGACGAGGUUGUUGAGGGAUUCACUGGGAGGGAAAACAAAGACAUGCAUUAUUGCAACUAUAUCACCCUCAGUUCACUGUCUGGAGGAGACACUGAGCACUUUAGAUUAUGCUCAUCGUGCCAAAAAUAUAAAGAACAAACCAGAGAUUAACCAGAAGAUGAUGAAAUCUGCAAUGAUCAAGGAUUUGUACUCUGAGAUUGACCGACUGAAGCAAGGUCUAUAUUUCUAUCUUCCUUUCUUUCUAUAUAUAAAUCUAUAUCUUGCAUUGAUAAAUUAUUUGAUAACAUAUUUUGUUUGUUCUAUUUUAAUGCCGACAGAGGUGUAUGCUGCAAGAGAGAAGAAUGGAAUUUAUAUACCUAGAGACCGAUAUCUUCAAGAAGAAGCAGAGAAGAAGGCAAUGUCUGAAAAGAUAGAAAGAAUGGAACUUGACUUCGAAUCCAGGGACAAGAAACUUUUGGAACUUCAGGAACUGUACAAUUCUCAGCAAUUGUUGACAGCAGAAUUGGGUGACAAACUUGAGAAGACAGAAAAAAAGCUUCAGGAAACUCAGCAUACAUUGGCUGAUCUCGAAGACAAACAUAGGCAGGCAAUUACCACUAUAAAAGAAAAGGAAUUUCUGAUAUCUAACCUCCUAAAAUCUGAAAAAGCACUGGUUGAGCAAGCAUUUGAACUUCGAGCUGAACUGGAAAAUGCUGCAUCAGACGUGUCGAACUUGUUUGCCAAGAUUGAGCGGAAAGACAAAAUAGAAGAUGGAAACAGAGUUCUCAUCCAAAAAUUCCAAUCCCAAUUGACUCAAGAGCUUGAAGUCCUACAUAAGACUGUUGCUUCUUCAACCACAGAACAAGAGCAACAACUCAAAGGCAUGGAGGAAGACAUGCAGUCCUUUGUUUCUACAAAGACUAAGGCAGUGGAGGAACUUCGAGGCCGUCUAGAGAACUUGAAAACUAUGUUUGGUUCUGGUAUUAAAGCUUUAGAUGGUUUGGCCGGGGAGCUUGACGGCAAUGCUCAGUCAACCUUUGACCGUUUAAAUUGUGAAGUUUCAAAACAUUCUUCUGCUUUGGGAGAGCUUUUUAAGGAGAUUGCUUCUGAGGCUGAUACCUUGGUUAAUGAUCUUCAAAAAAGUUUGCACAAUCAGGAGGAGAAACUAAUUGCAUUUGCACAACAACAACGUGAGGCACACUGUGGGAGUAUCUCAAUGUCAAGGUCCAUUUCUCAGAUUACUGGGAACUUCUUUAAGACUUUAGAUAUGCAUGUGUCCCAGUUGGGUGAAAUAGUGGAAGAAGCACAGACAGUCAGUGACCAGAAAUUCUCUGAACUAGAAAAUAAGUUUGAGGAAUGUGCUGCCAAUGAGGAAAGGCAAAUCUUAGAGAAAGUGGCAGAACUGCUUGCUGGAUCAAAUGCUAGGAAGAAAAAGCUGGUUCAAACCGCAAUUGAUGACCUUAGAGAAAGUGCCUCUAACAAAACCAACAGACUAAAACAAGAGAUGUCAACCAUGCAAGAUUCAACUUCUUCAGUUAAAGUCAAAUGGUCCAAUUACAUGGAAAAGGCUGAAUCGCACCAUCUUGAGGAUACUGCUGCUGUGGAAAAUGGGAAGAAAGAAAUGGAGGAGGUGCUACAGAAUUGUGUGCAAAAGGCUAAAUUGGGAGCAAAGCAAUGGACAAAUGCUCAACAGUCUUUAUUGAAUCUAGAGGAGAGAAAUGUUGCUUUUGUCGAUGAAAUUGUUAGGGGGGGAAUGGAUGCAAAUCAAGCAUUGCGUGUGCGAUUUUCAUCUGGCGUGUCAUCCACCGUUGAAGACACUGAUGCUGCUAGCAAACACCUACUCUCAUCUAUUGACCAUUCUUUACAACUCGACCGUGAUGCUUGUGCAAACCUUGAUUCGACGAUUGUUCCUUGUUGUGGAGAGUUGAGAGAACUAAAUAGCGGGCACUACCACAAGGUUGUUGAGAUUACAGAAUAUACUGGAAAAUGUCUUUCACAAGAAUAUGUGGUUGAUGAACCAUCAUGCUCGACCCCAACGAGGAGACCAUUUAAUCUACCAAGUGUUGAAUCUAUUGAAGAACUAAAAACUCCUGCUUUUGAGGAGUUGUUGAAUUCAUUUUGGGAUGGAAAAUCCUCAAAGCAAGCAAACGGAGAUGUAAAGCAUAUUGCAGAGGUAGCUCCUUUACGAGAUUCAAGAGUUGCCCUCACUGCUCUAAAUUAGAGGAGUCCAGACUUCCAACAUAAUAUAGGAAUUAAGGAGAAAAGUUGUACAUAAUAUAUGUCCUUGGAUAUCCAUAUACUCACCUAUACGUAGCGGAUAAUUUAUCCCGAUUCUAUUUAUUUAAUUUUUUGAAGAGUUUCAUUUCUUUGAAAUUCUUGUAGGAAACAGAGUUGGAGUUCCUGAGACAAUGAUGGAAAUAUGUAAUGUUUGCGCUGUACAUUGCAAUUAGGUUUGAAGUGUCUGUCGAUGCGACGUUGAUAGAGUUCGUAUACUUUAUUUGUAACUUUUCUCAGUGUGGAAACAUUAGUAAACGAUACAUGUAAACUGAAAUGCCUUUUGACUCUAAUACAGAUGAUCAACUUAGAAGAUAA